AGUGCAGUCUGCAGGGUCUGCAGGGACCGGCAGGGAAGGUAUAGAAGGCAGUGGGAAGAAACAUGGCUCCCGUGAGUUCCGAAGGAGAUUCAAGCGACGCGGAAUCGGGCGGAAGAGAUUCUGGAUCAGAUUCUGAAAGCGGCGGUGGAAGGUCGAGCCGUAGCAGCAGUCGUAGCGUCAGUCCAGCAAGCCAUCAUGGUGUGGCCCCUACACCCGGGCGAGCGUCAGGCAAUUCGGGAAGUGAAAGUGACAGUCACACAGAAGCUACACUAGCGAGAUCAAAUAACGAUGGAGAAUACUCACCAGGGUCACCAGUGAACGGCGCUGAGUCGGAGCAAGAGGUGGGGUCACCUAGUGCGAGGUCUGAGGGUAGCCCUCGAUCCAAUGAUAGGUCACAGAGUCCUGCCUCAAAUGCAAGCAGCCAACAUGAAUCAGCUGGAAGUCCACAUUCACCAGCCUCCAAUGCCAGUCCGAGGUCAGCUCGGUCUAAUGCAAGCAGUAGACAUUCACGGAGGUCAUAUGCUAGUCAGCAUUCCCCAGCAUCUAAUGUGAGUCAGCACUCCCCCAGGUCUGACGCAAGUCAGCAUUCUCCCACAUCUAAUGUGAGUCGGCACUCACCCAGAUCCAGCACAAGUCAGCAUUCUCCACGGUCUCAGAGUGCAGAACAGGAGGUCGGCAGUCAUCACUCUGAUGUGGAGUCACACCAGUCACGCUCUCCCAGCCCAGAAGAUAAAAAUCAGUCACCUUCCGGCUCUCGGUCCCCGAGUCCAGCCAAAAGUAAGUCACGAUCACCGAGUCCUCAUGACGAUACCCAGAGCAACUCUGAAUCGGAAAGAUCUGCUAGAGCUUCAGACACUGAAGAGAGAACAUCAGUUAAGAGUGGGGCGGAUGAAAAGUCCGAUGGUGAGAAGACAUCAGUGAAGGGAAAAGAUGAUGAAAGUAGCGGUGAUGAAGGAGAAAAGAAAUCUGGAAGUGACAGUGAAGAUGACAGGAAAAGAAAGCAUGCGGGUUUGAGCGAUACUAGUGGCUCUGAUGCUGACACCAAUCGUUCUCCUAAGAAGAAGCGACCUGCCAUGAUUGGUUCUGGCAGUGAGGACAGUGAUGCUGGGGCGGGGAAGGGCAGUGCAGAUGAAGAUGAGAAGGAACCGGCCGGUAAUGCAGAUGCAGCCAUGUUGUUUGGAGAUGCUGAUGACAUCACAUCAGAUGAGGAUGAACAAGAAGCUCCUGCUGCGGAAUCUCCCGCCUCGAGGCAUGGCUCAGGGGAUGAGAGAGAGAGGGAGCAAGAGAGAAGUCGAGACCGGGACGACGAAGAUGAGAACAGGACUUCAAUGCCUGUCAUUGAAGAUGAUGAAGCAGAGAAGGAACUAGACGAGCCUCCUCCAGAAACAAGGAUUGAUGUGCAGAUCCCAAAGAUCAGUUCAGACUUGGGAAGAGAGAUUCAUUUUGUGAAGCUUCCCAACUUUCUGUCCGUGGAGACACGACCGUUUGACGCAGAGACUUAUGAAGAUGAAAUUGACGAAGAAGAGACCCUGGAUGAGGAGGGACGGGCCAGGCUGAAACUGAAAGUAGAGAACACCAUCCGGUGGCGUGAGGCAUUUGACAAAGGGGGCAACCCAUGCAAGGAGAGCAACGCCCGAUUCAUCCGCUGGUCAGAUGGCAGCAUGUCCCUUCAUCUUGGAUCUGAGAUAUUUGACGUUUACAAGCAGCCAUUGCAGGGUGAUCAUAAUCAUCUGUUCAUUCGACAAGGUACAGGUCUUCAGGGGCAGGCUGUGUUCCGUACCAAACUGACCUUCCGUCCCCAUUCCACCGAGUCUUUCACUCAUCGCAAGAUGACCCUGUCUCUUGCUGACCGGUCACAGAAAACGUCAGGCAUCAAGGUGCUGUCACAGGUUGGCUGGGACCCAGAGCAGAAUAGGGGCCAGAUGAUCAAGAAAGAGGAGGAACGCCUACGUGCCUCUCUGCGUCGGGAGAGCAAACAGAAGCGUGUGCGUGAGCGAGGUGCCAGCCGAGGAUUGAGUGCCGGCUAUUUGGAGCCUGACACCCGUGAGGAGGAGGGUUCUGAGGAUGAAGGUGCAAUCUCACUCGCUGCCAUCAAGAACAGGUACAAGAACAGGACAGCCGCUUCCAAAAGUGACUCAAGGCCUCCCAUCUAUUCCUCAGAUGAGGAGGGUUCUGACUUUGAGGCUCGCCGAGCAAAGAAGCUCGACAAAGCAAAGGCACUGAAAGACUCAGAUGAGGAAUCUGGGUCUGGAAAAUCUGCCUCAAACUCCGGAUCAGGUUCGGGAGGGGACGGUGAUGAUGAUGCGGACCAGGCCGACAACCAAUCAGCUGAGAGUGGAGAUGAUGAAUAGAGAGAUGAUGAUGAUGAUUCUAUGUGUAUAUUUAAUGCCAGAAGGAAAGAACAGAUGAAAUUUAUGCCAAUACAGUUUGUAGUAUUGCAGUAUAUGUUCAAAUGGGAUGUGAGCAGCCUCAAGGAAGAGACAUUUUAAUAUGAGAGAUACGGAACUGAAUGGUACUAUCGUCUGGGUAGAAGUUUGCAGAUGUUUUGGACGAAUGUACUUCCUCCAUCUUCAUGGCUAAGGAGCGAGCUGAGCGGGCACAUAAUCAAUGUAAACUUGAGACUUACAGGCUACAGCAUCUGGUGUCACGUCCCCACUCACUGUCAUGAGUACUUGAGCUCUCUGAGACCUCGAAGCUGAACAUAAAGUUUCGUGGGAAUUGGUUUUAUGCACGGAGGAGAGAACUGAAUAAUUUUGCAAGGCAUGAUCUGAUGAAAUUACAAAAUGAGGAGAUUUAUAAUAUGUAAUCAUCAUGCAGUAUUGUUUGUUUGUGACUGUCAUUUACUGUGUACUGUCGAAUGACUUGAUGGUAAUGAAUAAUGAAUUUGAAAUGUUGUUGAAGGAAACAGUCUUGGUUUUAC